AUGGCACACUCGGACGAAGAGUACAGUGACGCAGUGUCGGCGGACGAGCUGGACGAGAACCUCGAGGAGGAAGACGAAGACGAAGAUGACAUCGUUGACCCUCGAACGGCCGGCAGCCGGCGAAGGGAUCGAGACCGAGGCGGAAAGGGCAGGAAGAAGAAGAAAAAGAAGCAGCACGGAGGCGCGGAGUGGGAAGUAGCUAGGACAUGGGAGACACUGGUAGAAGGUGCCGAUGGGACCAUCACUGCCACCGUAGACAGCCUUCUCGAAGCUGACAAGAGGAAGAGGUUGCUCAAAGACACAACGCCCUUACAGCGAGGUAUCAUACGACACAUGAUACUCGUCCUCGAUCUCUCCUUCGCGAUGGCGGAGAAGGACCUGCGACCGACCAGAUACCUCCUCACCCUCAGAUAUGCGCAAAAGUUUGUGCAAGAGUUCUUCGAGCAGAACCCCAUCUCGCAGCUGGGAAUAAUGGGCAUGAAGGAUGGUAUAGCCGUGCAGAUCAGUGAGAUGAGCGGGAACCCAACCGAACAUAUGCUGGCUCUUCAUGCCUUACGGUCAGAGGACCCAAAGGGCCUACCGAGUUUGCAGAACGCGCUCGAGAUGGCCCGUGGAUCCCUAUAUCACACCCCAUCACACGGUACUCGAGAAGUUAUCAUCAUUCUUGGGGCCCUCCUCUCAUCAGAUCCAGGUGAUAUUCACCAAACUAUCACCUCCUUGGUAGCAGACAAGGUACGGGUAGGCAUAAUUGGUCUGGCUGCCGAUGUCGCCGUAUGCCGUGAAAUAUGCGCCAAAACAAACGAUGGCAACGACUCCAGCUACGGCGUGGCCAUAGAUGAAAAACAUCUAUGGGACCUCCUACUGGACGUCACCACUCCACCAAUAACAUACUCACAACGCUACUCCUCUAGCUCCUUGCUAAUGAUGGGUUUCCCUUCACGCACCGUAGAGCCCUUCCCUUCGCUCUGUGCAUGCCACUCGAAACCGGUUCGAGGUGGCUAUAUGUGUUCGCGGUGCGGAAGUAAAGUCUGCUCUUUACCCGCCGAAUGCCCAACAUGCAACCUCACACUCAUCCUCUCCACCCAUUUGGCGCGAUCAUACCACCAUCUUUUUCCAUUGAUAAAUUGGGUUGAGGUUCCGUGGAAAAGGGCCUCGAGAAGUAUCAGCUGUUUUGCCUGUGGCAAUCUGUUCCCUGCUGUGCCCCCACGAGAUAAAUGGGAUAAAAGAGAUAAAUCUAUCAAGGGUAUGUCUGUCAGCAGCAGGUAUGAAUGUACUGUGUGCCAUCACCACUUCUGCAUCGACUGCGACGUCUUUGCUCAUGAGGUUGUGCAUAACUGUCCCGGAUGUCAGAGCGGCAAACCCCCGGCUGUUGGCUCUAGCCACAAUCCAGCAGCAAAUUCCCAGCCUCAUACGAAUGGCCACUCUCAACCUACCAAUAACGGAGAUGCCAUGGACACUGGUUAA